CCGCAGCCCCCAGGCCGUUCUGUCCGUCGUCAGGCAGAUCCCAUGGGCCUCGAGAUCACCUGCCCGUGGAGGGGCCAGCUGCCUCGCUUCCAAGUGAGGACCUGGAUCGAGCCCGUGGUGGCCUCCGCCCAGGUGGCCGGCUCCCUCUACGAUGCGGGGCUUCUCCUGGUGGUGAAGUCGUCCUUCGGGGCGCGGGGCUCCUUCAACCACAGCUCCAGUCCGUCGCCCCGGGGGGCCCUGGAGGACCAGCAGCAGAGGGCCAUCUCCAAUUUCUACAUCAUCUACAACCUGGUGGUGGGCCUGACGCCCCUGCUGUCCGCCUACGGGCUGGGCUGGCUCAGCGACCGCUACCACCGCAAGAUCUCCAUCUGCACGUCGCUGCUGGGCUUCCUGCUGUCCCGCAUCGGGCUGCUGCUCAAGGUGCUGCUCGACUGGCCGGUCGAGGUGCUGUACGGGGCGGCGGCGCUCAACGGGCUGUGCGGGGGCAUCUCGGCCUAUUGGUCCGGGGUCAUGGCGCUGGGUUCCCUGGGCUCCUCGGAAGGCCGCCGCUCCGUGCGCCUCAUUCUCAUUGACCUGAUCCUAGGUUUGGCAGGGUUCUGCGGGAGCAUGGCCUCAGGACAUCUCUUCAAUAAGACGGCUGGGCACGCGGGGCAGGGCCUGGUGCUGACGGCCUGCAGCGUGGGCUGUGCCACCUUUGCCCUUCUCUACAGCCUCUUGGUGCUGAAGGUCCCCGAAUCUAUGGCCAAACCCAGCAAGAAGCUCCCGUCCUUGGACACGGUGUCUGGCACAGUAGGCACCUACCGCACCCUGGAUCCCGAUCAGAUGGACAAGAAGAAUACAGGGGGGCACUCCCCAGCUCCUGAAAAAGCAAAUCCCCCCCAAAACAUCAUUUCCCUGCUCUUUGUGGGUGCCCUCAUCUAUGACCUGGCUGUAGUGGGCACAGUGGAAGUGAUGCCCCUUUUUGUGCUGAGGGAACCUCUCAGCUGGACUCAAGAGCAGGUGGGCUAUGGGAUGGCUUCCGGGUACACCAUCUUCAUCACCAGCUUCCUGGGCGUCCUGGUCUUCUCCCGCUACUUCCGGGACACCACGAUGAUCAUCAUUGGGAUGGUCUCCUUUGGGACGGGAGCCCUCCUCCUGGCCUUUGUGAAAGAGACAUACAUGUACUACAUUGCUCGAGCUACCAUGCUGUUUGCCCUCAUUCCCAUCACGACCAUCCGAUCAGCUAUGUCCAAACUCAUCAAAGGCUCCUCUUAUGGAAAGGUGUUUGUCAAACUGCAGCUGUCCCUGGCUCUGACUGGGGUGGUGACAUCCACGGUGUAUAACAAGAUCUAUCAGCUCACCAUGGACAAGUUCGUAGGCACCUGCUUUGCACUGUCUUCCUUCCUCUCCUUUGUGGCCAUUAUCCCAAUUGGCAUCGUGGCCUAUAAACAAGUCUCAGGGUCACAAUGUGGAGACAGGACAGAGAAAUGAAGGUGUUGAAUUGCAAGAGCUAAGCACACCAGCGAUGGCUAGGGCCCUUUGAAGACCAAGAAAAGAAGCGGGGAAUUGGGUCAAAAUAACUACACUGCUCAAGAAACCCAAGUUCCAGACAGAAUUGUCCUCUGCAUGACUGGCUGGAACUCUAGGGGACCCUGGUGGGUGGGGGAAAACACUUCCCAGGUGAAGGAAGAACCUUCUCAGCUUUCAGAUGGCCCAGCUAGCCAGAGGUUAGGUUCUGCCUGUGUAGACUGCACACACAGGCAUCCCAGACCCUAGCGGGGCUCAGGGUCUGCUUGCAGGUGGUCAGGUCCCUUUCUUCCAGUGACUGUCUCCAGGGCUCAACACAAAUCUACCUAGUCAUAUGGUGUUUUCUGGAAGUUCCAGAACUCAAAGAAGGCCUGCAUUUUCAGCUGCUCAAGGUCAUGUGAAAGGAACAUUUUGUAUGAACUGUAAGUUACA